AUACAAUAUGGCGCUGCCCAUUGCACUUCGAGGUUCGUCCGGGAUCUGGAUGGUAAAUGGGCCACCAAACCCAGGGCAACAGCAUGAUUUUGCAAGGGAGCCGAGUGGACGUUGUAAAGUGAUGGUGUUCAGCAAGGAUGGCUCAAGACUCGCCUGGUGUAAUGGAGAUUGCGUGAAGGUUUAUGACACAGUGAAGAAUGAGUUUAUUCAGGAAUUUCCCCGUCCUAAGGCCUCCUGUAUGACGUUCUCACCUAGGGCCUCAUUGCUCGUCACUUGGGAACCGUACACAGUUGACAAGGAAACCCAGGCUGGGGUAGCCAACCUUCACAUCUACAAUGUGGCCAGCGGACAGUGUGUCAAGUCACUUAUACAGAAGAAAGUCACAUACUGGAGUCCCAGUUUCUCUGAUGAUGAGAAAAUAUGCUGUAGAAAUGUCAACAAUGAGCUUCACUUCUUUGAAAAUGGAAAUUUUGAUGAAAUCAAGACCAAGUUGCACCUACAGAAGGUAGCAGGCUACAGUUUGUCUGGUGCUGGCCCGCCGUAUAUGGUGGCAGGCUACGUCCCUGGCGCUAAGGGUCAGCCCUCUUUUGUACGAGUGUUCAAGUACCCUAACUUUGGUGGCAAUAACGCAGCCAUCGCAAACAGAACGUUUUUCAAGGCUGACAAGGUGGAGAUGCAGUGGAACAACAAUGGGUCGGCCAUGUUGCUAUUGACAACCACAGACACAUCAGAGUCAUCAUAUUAUGGAGAUCAGGGACUGCACUAUCUGGGAGUUAAUGGUGAGAGCAGCCUCGUUCACCUGGGGAAGAAUGGACCGGUGUACCAUGUGGAAUGGAGCCCUAAAAGCACUGAAUUCUGUGUUGUGUAUGGAUUCAUGCCAGCCAAGGUGACAAUCUACAACCAGAAGACAGAGCCUGUGUUUGACUUCGGCACGGGACCAAGGAACUUCUCCUUCUACAAUCCACAGGGAAACAUUCUUGCAUUGUGUGGGUUUGGUAAUCUCCGUGGUAACAUGGAAUUCUGGGACGUAAAGCAGAAGAAGCUGAUAUGCCAGGCCACAUCACCAGACACGACAUCGUUUCAGUGGUGCGCAGAUGGUGAACAUGUGCUUACAGCUACCUGUGCUCCCAGACUCCGGGUUGGGAAUGGGUUCCGUAUCUGGCACUACAGUGGUGCGAUGUUACAUGAGGAGUUAACAGGCAAAGGGGAGGAACUCUGGGAGGGAUUCUGGUGCCCCGCUCCCACUGGCCGGUUCCCGGAGAAACCAAUUAGCUAUAGACAGGUUCAGUCUGAAGUAGCUGCUCCUGCACCUCCUCCCGGUGCCCAGAAAACCUAUGUGCCACCAUCAAUGCGGGGUCGGGAAGGGACCAUGCCAUCCACGAAACUUCACGAGUAUGAGCUUCCGUCCAACAUGAAACAGCAAGCCACAGAUCCUAACAAGCCAAUGAGUAAAAACAAGAAGAAGAAAGAAGCAAAGAAGAAUAGAGAUGCUGAUAAGGGGGGAGCAAAUGAGCAGGCCCCUGCUCCCAUGGCAACUGCUGCCCCUAGCAACCCAGCAGCGCCUUCUACAGGUGACCCAGAGAAGGACAAGAAGAUUAGGAAUCUCAGGAAGAAAUUACAGCAAGUUGAGAAGUUGAAGGAGCAGCAGGCAGCUGGGAAGACUCUGGAGAAAAACCAGUUGGAGAAGUUAAAGACUGAGGACUCAUUACUGGAGGAGAUAGAAGCCCUGGAAAUAAGCUGAUAAGCACUGUGGCUGAUGCCGGGAAAGAAUGAGUUAUUGCAAGCUGUAGGGUGAAAUAGUUGUACUGGUGUGUUUAAUGGCAUUAUGAGAAGUGCUAAUUGAUGUGCUGGAAUUUGUAUUGAAACCAAGCAGUUUUAUGUUAAAUAUUUGGUGCAUUUUUCAACAAUAUUUUCCUUUUAUUUAGAAAAUGGGUUUAAUUGUAUUGAUUUAUUGUUAUUUGGCAAUCAGUUUUGUUGUCGAUGGUUCAGAAUGCAUGGUUAUUUACAACGAAAAAUGUCAACAAUACACUUGUAAAUAAUAAAGAAAAACGUAUAUAUAGCAGGACACAAGUGCUGAUAACUAGUUGUUGAUUGGAGAAACUGCUGAUUAGAUCAAUUUCAACAGACAUUCAAAUGACAAUUUAAUCUGAAAGGAUUUUAUUUCUAUGGAUAUUAUUGUCAAUUGUGCAAUACUGUGCUCAACCCUAACAUACAUACCAGCCAUUGUCACUAAUGUUCUGAGUCUGAGUGGCAGACUCAUACCUCAAUAGUGCAAAUCCUAUUUUUAAUCUCCAGUGCAAAAAAAAAUUGGUUUAACAUCAAUUUCACAUCCAAAAAACUGAUAAAACUAUCUUUAAUUACAUUUAAAAAAGACCUCAGCGGAUCAUGGUCCCUGCAGGUAUUUACCAUGUACAUGUAUGCAUACUGACACUCUAGACCUCAGCGGAUCAUGGUCCCUGCAGGUAUUUACCAUGUACAUGUAUGCAUACUGACACUCUAGACCUCAGCGGAUCAUGGUCCCUGCAGGUAUUUACCAUGUACAUGUAUGCAUACUGACACUCUAGACCUCAGCGGAUCAUGGUCCCUGCAGGUAUUUACCAUGUACAUGUAUGCAUACUGACACUCUAGACCUCAGCGGAUCAUGGUCCCUGCAGGUAUUUACCAUGUACAUGUAUGCAUACUGAGACUCUAGACCUCAGCGGAUCAUGGUCCCUGCAGGUAUUUACCAUGUACAUGUAUGCAUACUGACACUCUAGACCUCAGCGGAUCAUGGUCCCUGCAGGUAUUUACCAUGUACAUGUAUGCAUACUGACACUCUAGACCUCAGCGGAUCAUGGUCCCUGCAGGUAUUUACCAUGUACAUGUGUGCAUACUGAGUGAUCUACUACAAGCCAUCACAUUUACGUUCAUGUCUGAUUGUGAUCUAGAUCAUAUUAAACCUGACUUAAAUCAUGCACUUUUUUCAUUUUGUGUUAAACUGUGUUGAAAAUAGAUUAGAUUGUUAGUUAUUAUGUUGACUGUAUUUAAGAACUGUUUACUGACAAAUAAACCUUUUGUUAACUUUC